AGAGGAGGGCGCUCGGAGCUCGGAGGGGCUGGGCUGCAGCCGCGCGUGCUGCGCGGGCUGACGGAGCGCGAGCCCCCGCGGGGUGUGUGAGCCCAGGAGCACCGAGCCCGACUCGGGACCUCCCCCCCCCCCCACAUGUGGAGCAGGCACACAUGAUGGCUGAUCCUCGGGGCCCUGUAGACCAUGGAGUCCAAAUUCGCUUUAUCACAGAGCCAGAGGGUGCUACUGAGAUGGGCACCCUUCGUCGCAGUGCGCGUCGUCCUGCUAAGGAUGCAAGAGCCAGUACCUAUGGGGUCGCUGUGCGCGUGCAGGGCAUUGCCGGACAGCCUUUUGUGGUGCUUAACAGUGGAGAGAAAGGCAGCGACUCCUUCGGGGUCCAAAUUAAGGGGUCCAACAACCGGGGGUCCCCAGGAGCACUGAGCUCUGAUUCAGAACUCCCUGAGAACCCCUACUCUCAAGUCAAGGGGUUUCCCGCCCCUUCUCAGAGCAGCACAUCUGAUGAGGAGCCCAGGGACCACUGGACCGGAAGACUGCUCCGGUCCCAGUCGCAAGCCUCCCUCACAGGGCUUGCUUCGGUGGGUCCUAACAAUCGGAGCGCCAGCUUGUUGGAGCUAACCCCUCCAAAGAAGCCCCCGGUUAACACCAUUGACACCGCCCCCUUGUCUUCAGUGGACUCACUCAUCAACAAGUUUGAUAGUCAAACCGGGGGCCAGGUCCGCGGUCGCACUGGACGCCGCACGCGGACACUUCCCCACGAACAGCGCAAGCGGAGCCAGAGUCUGGACAGCCGGCUCUCACGGGAUACCCGUGAGGAUCGGGACCGCCAGUCCUCCGACCACUGGACCCCUGGGACAAAGUACGACAACCACGUGGACAGUUCAAAGCAGCCGCCUCAGAGCCAGAGCCCUCUCAGCAGCUUUAGCCGUUCCCGGCAGACCCAAGACUGGGUCCUUCAGAGUUUUGAGGAACCUCGGGAGAAAGCACAGGAUCCCACCAUGGUGCAGUUCAAAUCAACUCCAGACCUUCUCCGAGACCAGCGGGAGGCAGCACCAGGCAGUGUGGACCAUGUAAAAGCCACAAUCUAUGGCAUCCUCAGGGAGGGAAGCUCAGAAAGUGAAGUCUCUGUGAGGAGGAAGGUCAGUUUGGUGUUGGAGCAGAUGCAGCCUCUGGGGAUGGUUUCUCCUGCUUCUACUAAGGCCCUGGCAGGGCAGAGUGAGCUUACCCGAAAAGUGGAGGAGCUCCAGAAGAAGCUGGAUGAAGAGGUGAAGAAGCGGCAGAAGCUGGAACCAUCCAGGGUUGGACUAGAGAGGCAGCUGGAGGAGAAGGCAGAGGAGUGUACCCGACUGCAGGAGCUGCUGGAGAGGAAAAAGGGGGAGGCGCAGCAGAGCGCCAAGGAGCUUCAGAACAUGAAGCUCCUCCUGGGCCAGGAAGAAGGAUUACGGCAUGGGCUGGAGACCCAGGUGAAGGAGCUACAGAUCAAGCUGAAGCAGGGCCAGAGUCCUGAGCCUGCAAAGGAGAUUCUCGUAAAGGACUUGUUAGAGACCCGGGAACUUCUGGAAGAGGUCUUAGAGGGAAAACAACGAGUUGAGGACCAGCUAAGGAUGAGGGAACGGGAGCUGACAGCCCUGAAGGGGGCCCUGAAGGAGGAGGUAGCCUCCCAUGACCAGGAAGUGGAACACGUCCGGCUGCAAUACCAGAGAGAUACGGAGCAGCUUCGCCGGAGCAUGCAAGAUGCAACCCAGGACCAUGCUGCAGUGGAAGCUGAGAGGCAGAAGAUGUCUUCCCUGGUCCGGGAGCUUCAAAGAGAACUGGAGGAGACCUCAGAGGAGACAGGUCAUUGGCAGAGCAUGUUCCAGAAAAACAAGGAGGAGCUGAGAGCUACCAAGCAGGAACUUCUGCAGCUGCGGAUGGAGAAGGAGGAGAUGGAAGAGGAACUUGCGGAGAAGAUGGAGAUCUUACAGAGGGACUUGGAGCAGGCCCGAGCUGGUGCAAGAGAUACUCACCAGGUUGAGGAGCUCAAAAAGGAGCUAAGACGCACCCAGGGGGAACUUAAAGAGCUUCAGGCAGAGCGGCAGAGCCAGGAGGUGGUUGGGCGACAGCGGGACCAGGAGUUAGAGAAGCAGCUGGCAGUGCUGAGGGCCGAGGCUGAUCGAGGCCGAGACCUGGAACAGCAGAACCUCCAGCUACAAAAGACCCUGCAGCAACUGCGGCAGGACUGUGAAGAGGCGUCCAAGGCUAAGCUGGCAUCAGAGGCAGAGGCCAUGGUGCUGGGGCAGCGCCGGGCAACAGUGGAAACUACACUUCGGGAGACCCAGGAGGAAAACGAUGAGUUCCGAAGGCGCAUCCUGGGUCUGGAGCAGCAGCUGAAGGAGGCCCGAGGCCUGGCGGAGGGUGGGGAAGCGGCGGAGGCCCGACUUCGGGACAAAGUGCGUCGGCUGGAGGUAGAGAAGCAGCAGCUAGAGGAGGCUUUGAAUGCUGCCCAGGAGGAGGAGGGGAGCCUGGCAGCAGCCAAGCGGGCUCUGGAAGUCCGGCUGGAGGAGGCCCAGCGGGGGCUGGCUCGCCUUGGGCAGGAACAGCAAGCACUGAACCGAGCCCUAGAGGAAGAGGGGAGGCAGCGGGAGGCUCUCCGAAAGAGCAAGGCAGAGCUGGAGGAGCAGAAGCGUUUGUUGAACAAGACUGUGGACCGACUCAACAAAGAGCUGGAGCAGAUUGGGGAUGACUCCAAGCUAGCCCUGCAACAGCUCCAGUCCCAGAUGGAAGAUUACAAGGAAAAGGCCCGGAGGGAAGUAGCUGAUGCCCAGCGCCAGGCCAAGGAUUGGGCCAGUGAGGCCGAAAAGAAUUCAGGGGGGCUGAGCCGGCUUCAGGAUGAGCUGCAAAGGCUGCGGCAGGCCCUGCAGACAGCCCAGGCUGAGCGGGACACAGCCCGGCUGGACAAAGAGCUGCUGGCCCAGCGGCUGCAGGGGCUGGAGCAGGAGGCUGAGAACAAGAAGCGCACCCAGGAUGACAAGACCCGACAACUGAAGAGCCUCGAGGAGAAAGUCUCACGGCUGGAAGCAGAGUUAGAUGAAGAAAAGAACACGGUGGAACUGUUAACAGAGCGUGUGAACCGUGGCCGCGACCAGGUGGAUCAGCUGAGGACGGAGCUCAUGCAGGAGAGGUCUGCCCGGCAGGACUUGGAGUGUGACAAAAUCUCCUUAGAGAGACAGAACAAGGACUUGAAGACCCGCUUGGCCAGCUCCGAAGGCUUCCAGAAACCCAGUGCCAGCUUCUCUCAGCUUGAGUCCCAGUAUCAACUGUUACAAGAGCGGCUGCAGGCUGAGGAGAGAGAGAAGACAGUCCUGCAGUCCACCAAUCGAAAACUAGAACGGAGAGUUAAAGAGCUCACUAUCCAGAUUGAUGAUGAGCGGCAGCAUGUCAACGACCAGAAGGAUCAGCUAAGCCUGAAGGUGAAGGCUUUGAAGCGGCAGGUGGAUGAAGCCGAAGAGGAAAUUGAGCGGCUGGACGGCCUGAGGAAGAAGGCACAGCGUGAGCUGGAGGAGCAGCAUGAAGUCAAUGAACAGCUCCAGGCCCGGAUCAAAUCCUUGGAAAAGGAAGCCUGGCGGAAAGCUUCCCGCUCAGCUGCUGAGGCGGCCCUCAAACAAGAGGGGCUGAGCUCCGAUGAGGAAUUUGACAGCGUCUACGACCCCUCAUCCAUUGCAUCCCUGCUCACAGAGAGCAACCUGCAGACCAGCUCCUGUUAGCGCAUGCUCUGUUAAGGACCAUACGGGCUUGAAACCUAUCUCAGCCAUCCCUGCUCUGCUUCGCUCUGUCCUGCCUGCCUGAGUCUUUUUUUUUUUUUUCCCUAUGGGUGACCUGAUUCAGACUUAAGACUGGGAGGGGUCAGAGGAGGGGUCAGAGUAAGGGUGAUAAAACAUUAGCAAUGAGCUGGUGGUGGGCUUGUCCCUGUCACUGGCAAUGAGCUGGUGGUGGGCUUGUCCCUGUCACUGGAAGAGCGGAUAGGCCUGCUGAGCCCUCCGUCGGUUCUGACCUCUCUAUCAUCUCCCGUACAGCGGGACUAAUGGCCAACAUACCCACUGAGGGGGACUGCAGAGGACAGGGAGGGAUGGAUAUUACCAUGUAUGUAAAGCUUUAUUUCUUUAAUAUUUAACCAUAUGGCUCAGGGAAAUACCCAAUGUUCUGCUCCCUGGAUCCCUGCAACCUUUAUUCCUCCCACUCUGGAGCAGGGGAGGGAGCAUUAUGGGUAACGGACAUGCAGGCGUGGCUCUACCCACUUCGGAUACUUUUUGCACAGUCAUGGGCCCAUGAGUAGUCCCUAGCAUCUCUUCAGUCGCAAUAGUUUUGUUCUCUCCAUGUCACUGGGUCCAGGGGACCUGUCGUCUUUCCGUCUUUACCAUCCCGGCCUUGCUGCUUUACUCUCAGUGCCUUAGCAGUGUGAGAUGAGGAUGCUGCCCUUGCCUUUCCUAAGCCUGCACUCAUACCUCUCCAGAGAGCAGCCUUUCCUCGCUGGGGCCCAGCCUGUCCUUCCCCACAGGCCGCUCUGCCAGCCAGCCCCCGGGAGAAGGGCUUCCAAAGCCUGGGUGAGGUGGUGGGGACUGGUUCUCCUCAGGGUUCCAUCUUCCUUCUCGCCCACCCUGUCUGGGAACCACGAGGACUGUUUACACAGGUCCUAAAAGCAAACAUCUAGUCCCUGUGGCCUCCUAGUGGCUUCUCUGACCAGAUGUCCCCAUCCUCCAUGGGAACCAGCAGAUCUUUGCUUUUCUCAGGAAGUGAGACUCCUGAUUCAGAUCUUUGCCUGGGGUUAGAAGAUGACUCCCAGUAGAGAUGGGAAGGGGCACUGGAGAAUGUAUUCCUCCUCUGAGUUCUGGGGUGUGCCAAGCUCUGGUGGGUGAAGGUAAUGGAUGGGGAUGGUUCACCUCUUAUUUCCAAAGUAAGUUCUGUUCUCAUCAAUCACUUGUAAUUUCAUGAAUUAAAAAAAAAUCCUGCAAAUCAGACUGUCUUGGUUUAUUUUAAAUUAAAUAUUUAAAUGACA